CCCACCCGCCCCCUCCGCCCUCCUCGCCUUCCUCACCGCCUACCGCGCCACCGGCCGCACCCGCGCCCUCUUCCUCCUCCGGCGCAAAGCCUACCGGCACUCCUACCGCUCCGCGUCCCUGUGGGCCACAGCCGAGAUGCUCUUCCACCGCGCGCGCACCGAGCCUGCGCUCGUCCUCGCCGUCUUCGCGCAGCACUUCCACCCCAUUGGCGUACCGCGCGCGUCCGUCCGCCGUCUCCUUCGCCGCAGCGCCAGGGAGAGGGACGGGGAGAGGGCCGGGAAGAGGGCGGGUGGGCGCCGCCUGGUGUCCCCGCAGUAUCCCAUGAAGGAGAAGCUAUGGCCGACGCCGGUCCAUACUGCGCUUGUGUGGGAGGCCGUUGUGUGGAUGACGCCCGACGCGGGGCACGACCGGCUCUAUGCGCACCUCCUGCGUGUCGCGCGCGCGAGCAGGGACCAGGCCCCCGUGAGCGAGGACCCCUCAUUCUCCCCGUCCUCCCCGUCCCCCCACGCGAACCCCUCUCCCUCCCCGUCCCCACCACACACCCGCACACCCUCCCUCUUCCUCCCCCCUUCCCCCGCCCUCACCGCCGCGCACUUCUCCCCCUUCAUCAAGGCCCACGCAAAACGCCGCCGCCCCGCGCGCGCCGCCGCCGUCCUGCGCGACAUGCUCGCGCUGGGCGUCGCGCCCGGGGUGCGGCAGUGGAGCAUGGUCGCGCGCGGGUAUGCGGAGUAUGGGGAGGCGGGGGUGGCGAUGGGGGUGGUGGGGGCGUUGGAGGGGGGCGUGGGUGGGGUUGGUGGGGAGGGGGUGGGUGAAGGUGUGGUGGGGAGCGAGGUGGGGGAAGGUGCGAGCGCGACGCCGCCCGUCCGUGCAAACCUCGCGCUGUACACGAACGUCCUGCGCGGGUUCGUCUUCGCGAAGCGCCUCGAGUGCGCGCGCGAGGUCGCGCGGCGGAUUAGGGAGCGGUAUGGGGGCGUUUUGGGGGACGUCGAGGGGCGUGGCAGUUUGGUGGACGUCGAGGAUCUGGUGGAUGGGAAAGAGAUGCGUGGUGGGGAUUUGGUGGAUGGGGAGGAGCGUGGUGGGGAUUCGAUGGAUGGGAAUGGGACGCGUGGUGACCUGGCGCGCGAGGAGGGGUUCGAUCCGCGCGCGACGAACGAGGCGCUGCGCCUCCUGCGGGUGCUGGAGCGCCAGCAGUCGCUGUAGCUUGGACGUCGGCGGUUACUUUAACUCGAGCGCCACCACCCACUUUAGCUCGCUAGGUUACCCGUGCGUGCUCUUUUCGGUGGAUUUAUCAGGACGCGUGGGCUGAUGCGUUUCUUAAAUUCUUCUAGCUCUCGUCGGCGUGUAUCAGACGCGUGCGCUGGACACGCUUUCGCGCCCACUCCUCACGCACACGCCCUGCGCAGAUGUACAUACACACACACCCCAAGCACAUGCACGCCGCCCCUAGCACACGCACGCCACCUAAACAUUAAACCCCGGCCUCCCGCGAAGCGCCGUUCCGUCUCGCACUCCCUAUACCUUACUUGGCUCGGAACCCCCGCUUGGAACUACAUACCUUACCUG